AUGGACAGUGGAACAUUACCUUCAGCAACAAUGUUAUUACAUACAAAUGAUUCUCAUCAACAAAUUCCUUCAUCUGAUUCUCCAAUGAAUCAAUAUUCUGAUAUAUAUUCAUCUAGACAAACGAAUAAUAAAACAAAUAAACGUAAACUAGAAGAACUUGUUGAUCCAUCAUCAAUAGAUUUUGAUCCAUCAUCUUCUGUAAAACCACAAAAAACUGAACAAAAUGAUUCAGAAAGAUCAUUAAGUAGAACAGGAACUCCUUUAUCUAAUGGACCACCACCUUCUUCAACACCAUCUCGAAAUGGUAAUGAUAUGGGUCCUGGAUCCUAUGAUUUUGCUCCAUCAGUUAAUAAUACCGGUAGAACGACACCAAAUUCCUCAUUACUCACACGACAAACACCACCACCACCAUCUUUACAACAGCAAUCUUUACCUCCAAUAAUGCCACCAUCAUCUUAUAUGUCUAUGUCGCCACGUAAUCAAUAUACAAUAACCAGUGAUAGUCCACUUUUACAGGCAAAUAAUCAAGUGUUUGUAUUUACAACACAACUAGCUAAUGAAGCAGCUGAAUCUGUGUUAAAAAAUGAACAUCCAAAUAUAAUUGAAUAUCAUAAAUCAUUACCAAGUACUGCUCAAUAUUUAUCAUCUCUUUCGAAUAAUAAUCACAAUCCAUUACUUGGUGGUCCUCCAAUGCAUAUGAAUCCAGGACAUGGAUGUCCAUCACCACGAACUAUGCAAAUGAUGAUGUCUGGUCCACCACAUCAUAAUCCUCAUUUACAACAUCAUAAUGGUGGUGGACCACCACCAAAUUGGUCACAUCCACAUUUUCAUCAACAACAACCACCAUUUGGUCGUUUAACGCCCGGUCCUGGUGGUUUACCACCACCAAGUCAUCUUCUACCACCGGGUGCACAUAUGAUGAGUGGUUCACCACCACCACCACAUGGCAUGCGUAUGGGUGGUAUGCCACCAAUGCUAGGUAUGGGUCAAUCACAAUCGGAUGGUAUUGAAAAUUUAACACCUGAACGAAUAAAACAUCGAAAGAAUCAAUUAGAUAAAAUAAAUGAAAUUAAAACAAAAAUUACUGGUGGACGUGGUCGUGGUGGACGAGGAAAAGCAAAUGCUGCAGCUGCUGCUGCUGCUGCUAAUAUGCCACCAUCAAUGAAUGGUGGUCCUAUGGAUCCACAUCAACAACAAAUGAUGAUGAUGAACAGUCCACAUAGUGUUGGUCCACCACACCAUAUGAUGGGUAUUGGACCACCACCACCUCAUAUGUUACCACCAGGUAUGAGAGGACCACCUGAUGGAAUGAUGCUUGAUAUGAAUGGUCCACCACAUGGUUAUAUGAAUGGAUCAAUGCCGCCUGGUUUUCAUGGACAAUUUGGACCAGGUCCUGGUGAUCCAUAUGGACCACUUCCUCCACAUCAUUCACAAUCACAAGCAGUAAGAGAGUGGAAUAAAAUGCAAAUGGAACACCUAGAAGGAAAAUCUCAACAAAUUCGUGGACAUCCACCACCUUAUUGUUCAACAUCACCAUCAUCAUUAACACCUCCAAUUGCUACAACGUCAGGAGGCGGUAAUCUAGGACCAAAUGGUAAACUACUUUCACCUAGAAUGGAAUCGUCCACAAUGCCACGUUUAUAUAAAGUUGGACAACCAGAAAAAUUCAUUCCAGAUUCAUUACCAUCAGCUAAUAAAAAAUUACCAGGUAAUAUUGGUGAAGUACAAUUAACAUCAUCACCAACACAAAUGGAUUACAAUGAAUAUGGUAUGGAAGGUGAAGAAUUAAUAAUUACUAGAUAUUUAAAUCGAGCUUAUCGACCAGGUAAUGGAACAAGUGGUGGUCCAUCAUCGUCUUCUUCAUGUAAAGAUGAACCAAUGACACCAUCAGGACGUUCAAAUAAUACACCAAAUAAUAAUUCAAAUCUUUUACCACCUGGACAACAACAACAGCAGCAGCAAUCUGGUUCAACAACACCUACACAUCUUUCUCAAGGACAUACACCACAAAAUGGCCCAGUUGCUUCACCACGUUCAUCAAAAUUAGUAAAUAAUAAUAACAAUAAUAAUAAUAAUAACAAUAAUUUAUCAUCACCAUUAAUGAUGUCAAAUAAUAAUUCAACAAAAGAUGAACCAUUAGAUAUGAAUAGUGAUCCAAAAACACCAACAUCAAAUAUGGCACCACCAUUAAGUAGUAUGCUUCAAAUGACAAAUAGUUUACAAUCAUCAAAUUCGCCAUAUAAUUCAACAAAUAAUCAAGGAUCAAAACAAUCAUUAAAUAGUCCAAAUUUAGGUCAUAUGUCUAAAUCAAUGGAACAUAUGAAUAUGCCACCACAACAUAUGCAAUUUGCAAAUAUGAAUCCUCAUCAUCGUAUGUUAGGACCACCAGAUUCUAUGCCUCCUCAAUUUAAUCCACAUCAUCCUGGUAAUUUACCUCCACCACACCCACAUAUGUAUAAAAUGAUGCCUCCACAUCAUUCAAUGGAUCCAAAUGGAAUGAUGAUGCAUCAUCCAGGUGGUCAAUCACGUUCAUCAAAAGGUUUAAUGCCACCAUCUGAUCAAAUGCAACAACAUCUUCAUCAUUUACCACCACCACAUUAUCUUAAAAUGCAUAAUAUGGAUCCAUCACUUGGUCCACCACCACCUGGUCAUCAUCAACAACAACAUAUGCGUUUUUCACCUAUGAUGGACGAUAGUUUUGGUAUGGGACCACCACAUCAUCAUCCUCAUAUGCAUCCACAUUUACAUCCAUCUCAACAUCCCAUGCAUUUAAAUGAUGGACGACUACCUCCACCACAAUCAAUUAAUAAUACUUAUGUUUCAGCAACAAUGUCUAUUCAACAAUUAAAUAUUCAAAAUUUAGGUCCCGGUGGACCACCAGGUGAUCUUCAACCAGGAACAAUUCAUUAUCAUGCAUCAUCAGGAAAUAUGCCUGAUUCUCAACAGCAACAACAAUUUCCACCUAAUGAUUCACAAUUUUCCUCUCAAUUUAAUGAUUUACAAGCACCACCAUCAAAUCUUAGUGUUGAUGGUGGACAACCACCGCCUUAUUGGUGA